GGUGAGAUCGUGGCCCGUCGCGAUCGUGAGUGGUGAACGGUGCCGAUCGUGAUCGAUCGAUCGAUCCUCGCGGCGGAGGACGCGCGACCGACAGAGCGAGCCCGAUACAAGAGGAAACGCCGCCGGUGUGCGGUUAAAGCGGUCGGGGAAAGGGCUCUGUCUCGAUUUCCAAGUUCCUUAUCGAUCGAUCGUCCGGUCGAUCCGGUGCAUCCUGAACGCGCCAGGAUCGUCGAGACGCGUGGGAGAUCACAGAGACCGCGAGAACGACCGGCGCGAUCCUGCGCAGUGACAUCGAUGCACGAUACGCGUGCGUGUCGUCGAAAUCGAGAGGAUUCGAAGAAAGUAACGAGAGAUUUUAAUUGGGGGACGCGCGACACCGUGCAGCCAGCAACUCUUUCGCUAUCUUGAUCGUUGGAUUCACGGUUCGCGGGUUCGGCGACGGGUUCGGGUCCCGGAACAGAGUGAUUGGGAAAUAAAAGUGCAAGGAAAGUGCGACAAGGAACCGGAGUUAUUUUACGAGAAUUCGGUCCGGGGGCGAUGGUUACGAGUUCCGGCGAUAGAUCCACGUAGCCGCAGCCGACAUUGGAAGAUCAACGGUAGACCGGGGGAGAUGGAGAAUCCUUGAGACGUUCAGGUGCUUCCGCCGCAGGCAGCCGCGAGAGAUGUGGUCGCGUUCGCGAUUUUUGGUCCUGGCGUGGAUGCUUGCGUUAUUGGUGGGAGUACGGGUCAACGGAGGGUCGCAGAGGCCGCGUCUAGGCGGCGCCGUGAACAUCUUCAGCCGAUACGGCUACCUGAGCAUCAGCAUGAGAGUGUUGCCCAGGAACGACACCGAAACCUGGAUAUUCCGGGAGCCGACGUUGGACGUUUUCACGAAUCCGGUCGCCGCAGUCAACAAGCAGCAUCAGCAGACCGUGAUCUUCGACGGUGACUUUCACAUGGAGUUCUGCGACAACAUCCGGCAGCUUCUGCAGGCCUAUUUCCGGGACUUCACGUUCGAGAGGCUGGAGAGACCGUGGCGAGCGUUCACCGGUAGCUGGACCAAGGCGGCCGUGGCUCGUCACCUGGGUAUCAACUCGUCGUUCAUCACCGGUGAACACUGCUACGUGCUGGUGCGCGUCGCCAGAUUCCGUGAGAACGAGAAGCUCGCGGGCACGGCGGAGUCGAUGAUCGUCGACGAGGCCGUUUUCAGGGAAACGAGCAACGUCACGGUGGGCGACACCGCGAGCGUGGUUCGAUUCAUCAAGAACUUUGGCUCGCACUACAUCGCCGCCUACGUUACGGGGAAUUCGUUGUACCAGGUAUUCGUUUACACGCCUCAAGCAUACCUGCGUAUAAAGGAACGUUUGAAGAUGCGCGGCGUGGGGAAUCUCUCAAAUGUCGAAUUAAGUAACUAUUUUUCGCCGUGGUACGCCGAGCACAUUGGUUCCAUACAAGCCGCGAGCGGAAACCGUACCGUCGAAGCAUGGGCAGUGGAACGUCUUCGAAACCAAUAUUACAUUUUCUCCCAUGCAAGCCUGCUGAAAUUGCACGGAGAUGCAACACUUUUGAAGCAACUCGACGGGUUGCUGGGAAACGAGGCGCUGUUGCAGCUUCAGCUGCGAACUUUGGCGCCUAUUUUCAAUGAUACUCAACAACGCGAGUGGUUCCUCGAGGUGAUCGAUAAUUACUUUAAGUUAUGGGAAGUGAAUAUGUGAAGACGUGUGCUAAUACUGGAAAGAACGAGAACAAUUGGCACACCUCUGAUUUCACUCGUGUGGUACAACCUGACCGUAGAAUUGUACCACAAUGCCCGCACUUUUACAAAUCGAGAAGGAAGUGUCGACCUCUGGCGAGGAUUGACCACUUAUGCAUCGUUGAUACUUUGAAGUCCACCGGAAGUUCACUAUUGUUUUCCGUCGAACGGAUGCUAGAUUUUAAUAAAGAAACGGCCAACUAUCAUAUUGUUAUAAAUAAGUAUUUAUUAUUAUAAUCGAUAAUAGAAAACAUUUUUAUACAAACGUUUUAAAUAUAUCACAAGCAUUUUUCCCAAAAGUAUCUGACUGAAAAAAGGACGACGUCUUGUUUCUCUACUUACGGUUGCAUUUUUGAUAUAGAUUCGCUGG